GAGAAUGUUACCGUAGCCACAAGGCCAGUCAGCAAAUCCACAAGGCAGACAGGACUCACGAGCACAGCGCAGACCAAGAGUGGAGUCUAAAUGAGCCGCUGCGGACGACUGAACCACGUCCACUGCACUGACAUGCAGACUCGUGGUAAGGGCUCGGGCAACAUGCUGAACACAGAGGGUCAGUGGUCUGAGACGUUGGCCGACAACAACAUCCGAGCCAUCAUCCGUUGGCUAAAGAAGCUCACAGCUGAAGGCGAAGCAGAUGUGGAGGACAUUCUACCUACUUUUAGCAGAUGGGUACAGAGGACCUCAGAGUUUGCUAAAAAGGAGUUAUUAACCCUAUGCUUCAGCCGCUGUCACGGUCUGUGGAUGUUCCUGGACCGGAGUUCCUUCACCAGAGUGCACAUGUUGCUCCAGAGACUGAGGAACCUGCUCACCUUGGCCCAGUGGGCAAGACGGCACCUCUGCUCAGUGCACCUCUGGCACGGUGUCGGAGUCCCGUGUGAAAUCUGCAGAGACACGUGUGACUCCUCGGACAUCUGCUGGAACAAAGAGCACAGGGCUCUAAAGCAGCACAUCUGGCUUGGACGGCUGGUUCAGUGGUGGGGCAUCACGGGCCUGCUGCCCAAGUUACGAGACGCCCAGGAAGUGAAGCGUAUCUCUCAGAUGUGGAAGGAAAUGGAACAAAGCCAUAAGAGUGGUGGUCUUGAUACGCCCAGAUCCUUGAUACAGGGCAUGGUGACGCAACUGGACCGACAACAUGGGUGCAUUUGGACCUCUGAGGAUGGCACAGAUCGGUGCUACCCUCCCCCCAAUCUGCAGGCCCUGCUAAAACUUGUGCUGAAGCCUCAUAUUGACAAUAUGUCAGUCCAGGCCAUUCUGAUGUAUUUCACCCAGGACGUGGCGAAUUUCCUGCAGUGCAAAGACGACCUCCUCCGGUCUUUCUGCCAUGCCUUCACAAUUCCUCCCAGCUUUUCCCAACAAGUCAGAGCCUUCUGGAUGUUCGAUCAUGGACACAUCAAAGCUUCUAUGGACUUAUUGCUGAGCCCGGGGGCCGCUGCUCCCUGGCUCUCCUGGCAGCAUCAUUGCAUCAUCCGCUGUCUCCUGGUGAAGAAGCAGCCACGAGUGGCGUUGAAGUAUCUCCAGUGGACCAGACCCGCAAUAGAGACUCCUGAGGAUGCCAGGCUCUAUUCAGAUGCACUUCUUCAAAGCAGUUGCGUUUCAGACGCCUGGGCUAUUUUAAAGAGCGGCAACAAAAGAUACGAAGACGUGGUCAUGCACUCUGUUCAGGGUAAAGAAAACUGCAGUGAAAUUGAGACCACAGAGGUGCCACUGGCGAAAAAAGCAGACAUACCACCCUGCCCACUGUCAGCCACGCUGUAUCAGGCUCAGAGGGUGAGCGCGGUGACUUCAGAGGAAUUGGUCAAAAUGGUCAGAAAGGCUCAGAUGGAUUUGAGAGAGCCACGUUCCCUGAAAAGUGAGGUGGUGUGGCCGGAGCACACGGAGAAAAAAUCAAACAGCAGAGAAAUAUUUCUUUCCACCCAAGCCCUGGGUCAUCUCACGCCCAGCCCUUCCCCAGUAGACUUGGCAUACGAACCAGGUGACGAGCGGCCGGCUAUUCAUGAGCAACCUGAGGCGCAGGAUCAUAUUUGCUCCUCUGAGGGUCCCAGCUCCGAGUCUGCAUCAUCCUUCACUUCAGCUUCAUCCCUGCCUCUGUUGAAACGAGACCGUCCUCGUGUGUACGAGAGCACUCUGACUCUGCAGAGGAUGUCUUCUCUGCUCACUGAUGGAGAAAACGGGGAAGAAGAGGAAGAAGAAGAAGAAGAAGAUGAAGCGAGUGGAACCUCCUCAUCAACCGGCGCCUUGCCCGAUUGCCCCGAGCUGAUUCUGACACCAGAUGGCGCCACAGACCCUGUUUCCCUCAGCGGCUGGAACAAAGACAAUUUUUUAGAGCUGAUGCUUUGUGCGAAGGGGCGAGAAGAAGAUGCUUUCCCACAUGAGGAUAUUUUCAGCCCUGAAACUCUCCUAGGAGCUUUCGCGGAUGAAAACCUUCUCUUAGAUACAAGUUUCAAAUUCGACCUCCAAUGUCAGUUUUACAGCAACGACGACAGCCAGUCGGUGCCAGAUUUUCUGUCUCCUGACUACGAAAAAAAUGGCAGCUGUAAAGGAGUGUCCCAAGACAUUGUUCAUGAGCCCCCAGACGUCGUUCCUCUGCGAAGGUCUUCGGGGUCAGUCAGCAAAGAGGAUCAAUCAGAUGGCAUCCCAUCAUAUGUCCUUAGCAGCAGAGAGCAGGUAGCCACCGUUCCUGACUGUUUCCUGGAGCAGGAAUUUCACCAGGAGCAAGAGGAACCACUGGAAGGCUCCAGCUUCUCCUCCUGCAUCCCAUCCAAAAUUACAGAGCAACGGAGUUUUGUUUUAGAGGUGCCUAUACCUGGCGGCUCACCGGGGAUGAGUGAGCAGGACGGCUCCCUCACCUCCCCUGACACCGACACCUCUCUGAAACACAGUCCGACGAGCGACAUCAAAACCACCUCUGCUCCCUCCGACGCCACCAGCGACGGCUCCUCCAAAUCCCAGUCUGGCACCUCGGCCUGGCCCGAGUUUGGCGAAGUGGGCGGCUGGUGUAAACAGGCCGCUGGGACUUGUAGAACGCUCAGUGACCUCUCAUCUGCUGCAGAGCCAGGUGCGGCGAUCAUGCCACGUGAAGAACUUGAUAACAGGAGGCCUCCUUCUGUCCUGAAUCAGCCAUAUACCUACUUCACCACAAAGGGAGACAACAGAGAUUUCAGACAGGCGCGGACAGAGGAGCCUACUUGUUGGAGUAGCUUGGGGAAGGCUCCACAAGGAGCCAUGAGAAGCGGAAGAACACGAUCGCACAGAGGGAAACGAGGAAAGAGAAUGUGAAGAUACGUCCACGAGACGUGACGCCUCUUUAUUUUGACUGAGAAAUACUAUUUUCGCUAAGAACUAGAGCCACACUGUAAGGAAUAACUUACCCAAAAUGACUACAAAGGAUUUCCACCAUCACAACAUCUCCUCCUCAUUCACCAUCACUGAGGUGGUAUUGAAACCUCUGACAGCAACUGCUCCCAUCGAUACUGUCCUGCCACACCCACACUCUAACAAAUAUGGCAAGAAUUAUUAAUGAAACACGAAUUCUUAAAUUAUUUGCUACCAAAAACUCAAGUAAAACAAAUCAUUUAUGAUUACAUUGUGUCUUUUUUUCUGGUCAACGUUACAAACAUGCAUGUUGUUGCAGUCCAAGCAUGAAAUGCACUACAUUUAAAAUGCACCGGGCUGUGUCCUUGAAAAUGAUUCUGCACUUUAGAUUCUUCACUGGUUUGCUCCACUC